UAAAAAACAUUUUAACCAAGGAAGAGUUGGCAGACGUAAAAAAAAUACUGAAGUAAACCAAACCACUGAUGCUCCAUCUUCGGCUACUGAAGAGUCUGAACCAUCUUCUAAUCCGGUUUUGGUUGCAUUCAGAACUGUUGAUCUAAUAGAAAAUAACAUUAAUAACUUACCUGCCAUACAAGAGUUUUUGCCUCCAUACGAUAAACAACUAAAAUUUGAUGUGCCUACAAUUCUGAAACGGCGAUUGUCCUACGACUAUAAUAUGAUAAACGUUUUUAACAAGCAAUUAAAGUUUCCAUCCAAAUUCACUGUUAUGCAUCUCAUUGAUGGUUAUAUCGGUUCCAAACAAAAAUCAACAAUAUUUGUUAGGGAAAGAGCUUUGUGUGUUGGAUCGACUUUUAUUCAAUAUUUUAAUUCACGAAUACAGACGCUGCUAUAUGCGAAAGAACGUAAUAAUGAAGUGCACAAUAAAGCUGUUGCUCUGUUAUCAGAAAAAAUAAGACUUGACAGUUUACAAUUCAAAUAUAAAAACAUUUAUUCGGAAGACUUGUGGUGUACAGUUUAUGGACCCAUUUAUUUACUAAGGCUAUGUGGUACGUAUGAAAUAUUGACUUUGAUGUUAGCGAAAUGA